AGGAGGGACAGCAAAGAGAACUUUAAUCGAGCGUGGGUGGAGUACAAGCAUGGCUUUGGGGAUCUGCAUUCUGCGAAUGGAGAAUUCUGGAUGGGCAAUGAUGUUCUACAUCAUCUCACCUCACAAGGAAAGUAUGACCUGCGCAUGGCUGUGGAAGACUUUGAUGAGAAAGAAAGCUUUGCAGAGUACAAGAACUUUAAAGUGGACAGUGAAAAGGAUUUGUACCGCUUGCACUUGGGGGAGUACAACGGGAAUGCAGGGGAUGCCCUGGCUGACCUGCACACCAUCAAGCAACCAGGCGCAGGCAGCAGUUUGGCCGGGGUCAAAUUCAGCACCUACGACAAGCAACCUGAUGGAGAUGGCAAGUGCAUCAGGCACAGCAAGUCAGGCUGGUGGUUCAGCAGGUGCGAUUCAGGGAACCUGAACGGCCAUUACGACAAAGGACCGUACCAAGCGAUGACCAACGACGGGAUUGUGUGGUACACCUGGCACAGGUGGUUGUACUCCAUCAAAUCAGUGGUCAUGAUGGUACAGGCUGCUGACCUUGAGCAUCCACAGGCCAUGGUCCCGGGACAACUGGAGCCGAAGAAAGCGGCAGGCCCUGAUCACCCAUUUGGCCAGUAAGCUGAAAAACAUGCUAACUUUACAGUUCCAAUGUAGUAGCCCGUAUUAUGUA